AGCAAAAUGCAUUGCUACAUAUAUUUUUUUCAGUGGCAAAUCUGCAAAACUUUAACCAACUGUGCAGGAUGAUGGGGCCAAAAGCAAAGGGCCAAUACGAAGGAGACACCUGCCACUGGCAGGCACAGUGCGGGAGUGGGGAGCCGAACUGUCACCGCAGGCGCAGCGUUCUUCCUUCCCACCCCAAAACCCUCUCCUCUCUCCAAAGAGAAUUCCCAAAUCUACAACCCAAUCAGCGUGGAUCCGUCGGUUCUUGAGCCCGAGUCGCCGCGUCAGGGGCAUCUUCAUCCAUGAGUGAUCGUCGGGUUCUUUGGCCGGUUUCACAGAAUUUGCGUUCUUGGUUGUACCCCUCACUUGUGCCAGGAAUGCUUUAUCUAUCCGCCAGUUUGCUCUCCACCCUGCUGCCUCCGCCUCCAAUUUCUUGAGCUUUCUGGUGAUUCCAGAUGGGUGCCUGCGAAAGCAAGCGACUGAUGCCGCUGGACCGGCAGCUGCACAAGGACGGCAGCAUCGAGCGAAUUGGUGCCCUCUGCGCGCAGGGUGACCUUAAACCUCCUCGAGUCUACUGGCUCCCAGAUGAAGGCGAGCGCGUGGCCUGGCCCUGGUGCUUAUUGAAUUGGGGGCAGAUAUCAAUGCUUCCCGACGGGGUAUGUAGGAAUGCUCUUCCCAUGUCUUCUAUUCUUCAGGCCAGGGGGAGCUGCGGCGACGCCGGAGCAGGUGGCUUCUGGCCGCGCCGCCCAGGUGCCGGACUGCCGGAGCAGAACGGAACGAGUGGAUAUGUUGCAGCUACUCGAUGUCUCAACCAUGGAUGCUGGCGGUGCCGGCGGCUUCUUCGACAGCAACUCGAUUCACAACCAUGGAUGCUGAAUUCAGAUCCUGCAACAUGGCAAUGAGCACCGUGCCUGAAGACAUGGAGGCCACACACGAAAAUUUUGAAGCUGAUCUUGAAGAAAUUGAUCCAGCCUGAAGACUUUAUUAUUAUAUCAUAUAAUGUAUUUUUGAGAACAUUUCAUAUGAAUAUAUAUAUAUAUAUAUAUUAUACAUGCUUAUUUUAAGAGUCGUAUAAAUUAUUUGAAUAUAUUAUGCAUUCUCAUGUAUGCAAUAAAAUAGCUACAAAGAUCAAGUAUGCACUAGAUCAUCAUGAUUUAUGUGUUAAAUGAUUAAUUAAACAUCUUACAGACAGCUAAACAGACAACCUAUUGUACAAUCUGUCUGUUUAAGCUGUCUGUUUGUGCUAAAGAGACGGUAGCUGUCUAUA